AUGAACCGCUUCAAGACCUCCAAAUUCAAAAAUACUACUCCGAAAAUCGCCAAGAAGGAUCAAUGGAUCAACAACGUCCGUGCCAAAUCCUUCUCCUGUCAGGGAAACCAUAUCAAGGCCAGCGCCAAGCUGGUGGCCUUCAACACAGAGCAGGCUGGGGGCAGCAUGCUGGGAGUCACGUCUUUGAAACCUGCUGCGGAUGGACAAUGGAGCAUCACUCACAUCUCCUGCCAUUCUGAUCUGGUGACUGACUUGGACUUUUCCCCAUUUGAUGACAGUCUUCUAGCAACAUGCUCAGCAGAUGAAACGGUGAAGCUAUGGCGUUUGUGUGACCCGGAGUCACAGCAGCAGCCUUCCAAGCCAGAUCUCACUUUCAGCCCCGACCAGGGACGGCUGGAGAGGGUACUCUUCCACCCGACCUCUUCCGGACUGCUGGCCGUCGGCGCCGCGAAGUGUCCUCUCAUUUUGGACGUGGACCGCCCGGACGUGCCGCUCUCAGUUCUGGAGCAGCACGGUGACCAGCUGCAGAGUCUGAGCUGGAAAGAAGACGGGUCUUUGCUGGCUUCUACCUGCAAGGACAAGAUGCUGCGAGUGUUUGACCCAAGAGCCCAGCUGAAACCAGUUCAGAGCGCCUCCUGCCUUCAGAACGACAAAGAUUCUUGCACUCUGUGGGCCAAGGAAGACUUUCUGCUGAUCACAAGCUUUGAUAGGAUGCGUAACAGGGAGUUGAGGCUUUGGGACAGCAGGAACUUGACUUCUUCCUUGAGCUCGCAGACCUUUGGCACUUGCAGUGGGAAGCUGAUUCCUCUUUUUGAUGCUGAUACUGGUCUCCUCGUACUGGCUGGCAUGGGUGACAAAGUGGCUGACUGCUUUGAAGUGUCCACUUCUCAGCCUUUCCUCUCUCAAGUGAGCCACUGUCUGACCGACAUGUCAACCCGCGGCGUCGCCAUGGUACCCAAGAUGGCUUUGGAUGUGAUGUCUUGUGAAGUGAUGCGCGUUCUCCAGCUGACGGACAACUGCAUCGUGCCCAUCAGCUAUCAAGUCCCACGCAAGAAUUCCGGCUACGAUUUCCACGCGGACCUUUACCCGGACACUGCAGGCCCAAGUCCGGCCAUGUCUGCUGAUGAGUGGUGGCAGGGCGGGAACAAGCAGGUGGAGAAAGUCAGCCUUCACCCGGACAAGCGAUCCAAACCGGCUGAGGCACCAAAGGCCAAGCCGACGCCAGCAAAUAUGGAUGCUAUCAGAGGGGACACAAAGGAGGCAGCACGUGGUUGUUCCAUCUCCAGCAGUCCAAUCAGCACCCCAAGCAGCAGCGCCGCCCCAUCCCGCUCACCAUCCUCCACCUCAGGUCUCUCCUCAGGCUUCCUCCCUUCGCCAAGUCCGGGCCAGGCAUCCAAAGCCUUCCAGAACUUUCUUGGCCCGACCUCCAAGUUCCGACACAUUGUGGGCGCGGUGCUGCACCGCGACACGCACAUCACCAACGUACGCGACCUCAAAUUGACCACGCCGGGCGAGUGCGACGGCUUCUGCGUCAAUCGCCUGCACGCCGCCGUGCCUCUCGCCAUAUCCGGCGGCCAGAUCGCCAUCUUUGAGCGCUCACGACCCGGGAAGCUGCCGGACACCGCUCUGCCCACCGUCCAGAACUCUGUCAACGUGGCCGACCUUUGUUGGGACCCUUUUGACGCGCAUAGGCUCGCUGUGGCCGGCGAGGACGCUAAAAUCCGAGUAUGGCAAGUGCCACAGGACGGCCUCAAAGAGACUCUUACUGAACCUGAACUCGUCUUGCAAGGCCACACGGAGAAAAUCUACUCCAUCAAGUUCCACCCUUUGGCUAGAGAUCUGCUGGUGUCUUCGUCCUACGACCUUACUGUCCGAAUCUGGAAUCUUGAAGACGGCGAGCAGGUGCAGAUCCUCACCGGACACCAGGAUCAGGUGUUCGCCAUGGCUUGGAGUCCAGAUGGCAAACUGCUGGCGACCGUGUGCAAAGAUGGCAAAAUUCGCAUCUACGACCCGCGCAAGUCCAAUGCGCCUGUGCAGGAAGGUCCUGGUCCGGAUGGCCACAGAGGCGCUCGUGUGGUUUGGGUGUGUGAAGGCAAAUACCUGCUAGUGUCCGGAUUUGACAGCCGCAGCGAGCGAAGCCUCUACUUGUACGCCGCCUCUUCAAUUUCCUCUGGAGUGGUGGCCAGCGUCUCCCUGGACGUCUCCCCUUCCACCCUGAUUCCGUUUUAUGACCCAGACACCAGUGUAGUCUUCCUCACUGGAAAGGGGGACACCAGAGUGCACAUCUAUGAGAUCUUCCCUGAAGAGCCGUAUUUUGUGGAAUGCAGCAGUUUUAACAGCCCUGAGCCGCACAAGGGUUUGGCCUUCCUCCCGAAGAGCGAGUGCAACGUGCGCGAGGUUGAGAUAGCGGCGGCGUUGAUGCUCACUAAGACAACCGUGGAGCCAGUGGUCUUCAAGGUGCCAAGAGUCAAGAAAGAGUUCUUCCAGGAUGACCUGUACCCAGAAACUUCGGUGUGCUGGGAGCCGGCGCUGAGCGCAUCGGCCUGGCUCGACAACGCCGACGGUCAGCACAGGAAGAUCAGCUUGAGGCCAAGCGACAUGGCGCCGGUAAGCGAAGCCCCCAAAGAAGCCCCAGUGAGGAAGUACAUGCCCUCGUCUUUCUACUUGGAGGAGAAGACUGACGAGCAGAAGAAAGAAGAGCUCCUGGUUGCUAUGGUUGCCAAACUGGGAAACAUGGACGACCCGUUGCCCCAGGAAUCCUUCGAGGGAGUCGACGAGGACGAGUGGGCUAAGUAUUUAGCACAAGUGAUUGUUAUGGGAGUUCAAGUGGUAGGCCGUGCUUUUGCUCGGGCUUUACAGCAAGAAUAUGCAGCGAGUCAGGCAGCAGCGCGAGCACGAAGCAGCGCCGGUCAGCAUUCUGCCGCCGCUACCAGCAUAUCUGGGAUGAGUUUACAAGAAGCGCAGCAGAUCCUUAACGUCUCUAAGAUGGAACCAGAGGAAAUCCAGAAGAACUAUGAACAUCUUUUCAAAGUCAACGACAAGUCUGUGGGCGGUUCAUUUUACUUACAAUCAAAAGUGGUCCGGGCUAAAGAGCGUCUAGAUGAGGAACUAAAUAUUGAAGCACAAGAACAGCAGCGGCAACAGCAAAAGCAGCAAUCGCAGCAAAACACAGAAACAUGA